GCUCCUGCUCGGCUCCUGGCCCCGCCGCUGCCGCCCAUGUGUCGGCGCAGCCUCCCGCCAUGGCGAACUGGGUGCCGCUGCUGCAGCCGCCGCAGCACAAGGGAGGAGGAGGAGGAGGAGGAGGGAAGAGCGACUGGUCUGCCAGUCUCAUGGUGGCUGCCUUGGCUGGGGCCUUUGGAUCCUCUUUUUUGUAUGGCUACAAUCUGUCAGUAGUAAAUGCACCAGCCCUGUUCAUAAAGAAAUUCUACAAUGAGACUUGGGAGCGAAGGUAUAAUGAAUCCAUCACUCAGGAAAAUGUGAAACUGCUGUGGACGCUCUCUGUGUCUAUUUUUGCCAUUGGUGGUCUGGUUGGUGCUUUCAUUGUUACUCCAGCUGUCAAAUAUUUUGGCCGAAAACAUACGCUUCUGCUAAAUAACGUAUUUGCCAUUGUGGCUGCAUUGUUAAUGGCAUUUUCACAACUGGCAGGAUCCAUCGAAAUGAUUAUUUUGGGUCGAUUUGUAAUUGGUAUUGAUGGAGGUAUAUCUCUGAGUGCUCUCCCCAUGUAUUUGAGUGAAAUUUCACCCAAGCAAAUCCGUGGAUCCUUAGGGCAAAUUACUGCUAUUCUUAUAUGUGUUGGUGUGUUUACAGGACAAGUUCUGGGGCUUCCUGAAAUAUUUGGGAAGGAAUCCCUGUGGCCUUUCUUGUUUGGGAUGAUCGCUGUUCCAUCAGUCAUUCAAGUUGUGAUCUUGCCUUUUCUUCCAGAAAGUCCUCGCUACCUGCUGCUAGAAAAGCAUGACACAAAAGCAGCAGAGAAAGCAUUACAGACCUUCCGUGGAAAAUCUGAUGUGUCAUAUGAAGUUGAAGAAGUUUUGGAAGAGAGUCGGAUGCAGAGGAACAUCCAAGUAGCUUCAAUCCUUCAACUUUUGAGUGACUCCAGCAAGAGGUGGCAGGUCCUGACAGUCGUUGUCACCAUGGCCUGCUAUCAGCUCUGUGGCCUGAAUGCUAUUUGGUUCUACACAAAUGACAUUUUCAAGGGAGCAGGGCUCAGUCCGGAGAUGAUCCCGUAUAUCACCUUAAGCACAGGAGGGAUUGAGAUUUUGGCUGCUGUUUUCUCUGGCUUAGUGAUAGAACGACUUGGGCGCAGACCUCUUCUCAUUGGAGGAUUUGGCUUGAUGAUUCUCUUCUUCGUAAUACUCACCGUGUGCAUGACUUUGCAGGAUCAAGCAUCAUGGCUCAGCUACCUCAGCAUAUUCUGCAUUCUUGCUAUAAUCGCUUCCUUUUGCAUUGGACCAGGUGGGAUCCCAUUUGUCCUGACGGGGGAAUUCUUUCCCCAAUCCGAGAGACCUGCUGCCUUUAUGAUUGCUGGAAUAAUCAACUGGCUCUCCAAUUUUGCAGUUGGACUUCUUUUCCCUUUCAUUCAGAGUGGCCUCCAGACCUACUGUUUCCUGGUGUUUGCAGCCAUCUGUCUGGCUGGAGCCACCUUCCUCUUUUUUGUCCUUCCUGAAACAAAAAACAAAACCCUUCUUGAAAUCAACCAGGCAUUUGCCAAAAAGAAAGUGCCUUUGGAAGCACGAGAGAUGGACCAGUUUGCAGCCACAAGAAAAUCGAGUGAAGAACAAGAGCCUCCCUUCUCUUCUACGCUGGACAAUGGGGAAACCAAAGCCCCAAUAUGUUAAGCGCUUCUCUUUCCCCUGAGAAUAUUUUUGUAGUAUAUGGACUGAUACUAUACUUGUGCCAUUUG